AAACAAAAUUGCCAUGCUGUAAUGAGCCUCAAACUGAACAGAAUGCCUCACAGGCUAAAGAACCGUGUUAAGGGUCACUGAUCUUAGUGUGUAUAUGCACACAGGCACAGAGUGUUGUGGUCACGGUGACCCGGAGCCUAAGGCACCAACACAAGGCGCAAGGCUGAAGGGGAGGGGACGCACCCUGGCCGGGACGCCCGUCCACCACAAGGCACCCCUGCCAGUACUCGAAUCCAAGACCCGCCACGGAGCAUGUCCUGACCUUAGUAGUUCAAAGAAAUGUGACCUAUCCUGGGGCUCCCUGUAAUUUCAUCAGAAACCUUGCAAGACUUCCUCAAAGCUCACGUAAUUCCCAGAAUUCUUACAAAACCCCAGCGAGUUCUGAAAGCCAUGAGUCAUCCACAUACAAACAAGAGCUGCACGCUGGUAAAAAUCCUUCAAAACUUUGCACGGUCCCCAAUGGCUGCUUGGAGGUUCCAGCUGAGGACACAACUGGACCCAAGUCUCCAGCAGUUACCGAAUGGGGCGUCGAACACGCUGUCAGCGGCGGGGACGGGAAACCCCCUCCGUGACGUAGUGGGCGGGGCUCCGAGUGCAGCGCGCAGAGCGCAGAGCGAACCCCCGCCUUGAGCUCCGCCUCCCCGCGGCUCCGGAGCCUGAGCGGUUGUGCUACGCUGCUCUGCGCUGAGAUGCGAUGCGGGGCGGCGUCUGGUUGCACUUUCCGCCGCUCUGCGUGUCACUUCGCCUGCCUGGGACUGGGGACUGGGAACGCGCAGCGCGCCCCGGUGAGUUAGCGUCGCAUUCUGGUCUUUGCUAAGUCGCCGCGCUGUGUUGCGAAAUUGCAAGUCCAUCCCGUCGGCUCCGUCCUGCGCCUUUUUUUUUUUUUUUACUAUUAUUCUUCUCCGCUCCUCCUGCGCGUCAGUCCGCGCGCCCGCGCACAGCCCAGCGAGGGAGGCGCGCUCACGCCCCGACCGCUAGUUAGCAGCUCGUUAAACUUUAACCAGACGUGGAUAUGUAGGCAAAUAAAGCCGGAACGCGAGUGUUUGGUGCCGAAACCGAGUGUUUUUUGUACGUUUCCUGUUUGCAAAUGAAUGACACGGAGAUUUUUACCGCCCUUCUUCUCCUCACAGCACAGGACGUUAACAACGGUUAGCAUGAAGCUAGUAGCUACCGAGCGCGAGCACACGACCCCCUCACCUUUUCCCUCCACAAAAAUGCUCUCUUCACACCAAAUACCACCAGCACGGCAAUGAGGACGUUAUCUCGUACACUUUUUCUCGUCAGGGCGCAUUUAAAGUUCCGCUUUGGGCAAUUAAUUUGCUGAGAAAAGAUCGAAAGAAGGCGGCGAAGGUGCAGUCCGUCCGGUCCGAUCGCGCGGCGCUUCGCCUCGUAAAUUUCUUUCCGUUUUUAUUGUUGAUUAAAUUUGUACUUUUUUUUCCCCUCUGUCCUCCUUCAAUUUUUUGUGGUGGUUCCGAAUGAUUGUGAAGUUCGACUCGUAAUUAAUCAGUCGUCGUUUUGUUUUUGUCUUGUCCGUUAACGGCGUUAAAUGAUGGGCGUUAGGUGACACUUUGGCCGAUUGCUUUUACAUCUUUUACCAUGUAAGAGUGUGGUAAAAUACACAGGGAUCAGCGGUCGCUCACAGCUUGUGCAACUCUUAUGCAGCCAUGGAAAUAUUUGGGCCAGUAGAACAGUGAGUGGGCAGAUGGAACCCGAGGCCAAAAAUAGCCCAGCAGGUGGUGUAACUUGUAUAGGACGCUUCCCGGACCUGAGAAGAUCCGCUGGGUUCUGCCAUGCCUGUGACCUCCCAGCUAUUUAAAGCCCUUGGCAGCAGGGAGAUCAGGAAGAUAUGUAGGUCUGCGGUUCUGCUCCGGCCUUUAACGGCACCCUGGCAGCGCUCCUGCCCCCCUGCCGGCGCGGGCCAGCGCCACGGUUACAGGACGUCCUCGGAGCGAUGCUACAACCUGACCCCGCCGCAGGUCAACAGCAUCCUGAAGGCCAACGAGUACAGCUUCAAAGUGCCAGAGUUUGACGGGAAAAAUGUGAGCUCCGUGGCAGGGUUCGACAGCAACCAGCUGCCGGCCAACGCUCCCAUCGAGGACCGGCGCAGCGCUGCCACCUGCCUGCAGACGAGGGGAAUGCUCAUGGGCGUGUUCGAUGGGCACGCGGGCUGCGCUUGCGCCCAAGCGCUUAGCGAACGCCUCUUCUACUACAUCGCCGUCUCGCUGCUCCCCCACGAGACCCUGCUGGAGAUUGAGAGUGCCAUGGAGGCGGGGCGCCCCGUGCAGCCUAUCCUGCAGUGGCACAAACACCCUAACGACUACUUCAGCAAAGAGGCGUCCCGGCUCUACUUCAACAGCCUGAGGACAUACUGGCAGGAGCUCAUCGAUUUGAACAACCCCGGGGAGAAACCCGACAUCAAGGAGGCGCUGGUGACUGCCUUCAAGCGGCUGGACAGUGACAUUUCCCUCGAGGCCCAAGUCGGGGACCCCAACGCAUUCCUCAACUACUGGGUCCUGAGGGUGGCCUUCUCCGGCGCCACUGCCUGUGUCGCUCACGUGGACGGCAAUGACUUGCACAUUGCAAACACCGGCGAUGGCCGGGCGGUGCUGGGCGUGCAGGAGGAGGACGGCUCGUUCACGGCGCACACGCUGUCCAACGACCACAACGGGCAGAACGAGGAUGAAGUGAAGCGGGUGCUGUCUGAGCACCCGCCUAGUGAGGCCAAGACAGUGGUGAAGCAGGACAGGCUGCUGGGGCUGCUCAUGCCGUUCCGGGCCUUCGGUGACGUCAAGUUCAAGUGGAGCAUUGACCUCCAGAAGCGUGUGUUGGAGUCUGGGCCUGAUCAGCUGUACGAGAACGAACAUACAAAGUUCAUCCCGCCCAAUUACCACACCCCACCGUACCUGACAGCAGAGCCCGAGGUGAUCCACCACAAACUCCGCCCUCAGGACCGCUUCCUCGUGCUGGCUACCGAUGGCCUGUGGGAGACGCUGCACCGGCAGGAGGUGGUGCGAAUCGUGGGCGAGUACCUCACGGGCGUCCACCAUCAGCAGCCCAUCUCGGUGGGUGGAUACAGGGUCACCCUGGGCCAGAUGCAGGGCUUGCUGAUGGAGCGCCGCGCUCGCGUGUCCUCCACCUUCGAGGAUCAGAAUGCCGCCACGCACCUCAUCCGACAUGCCGUGGGCAACAACGAGUUUGGCACAGUGGACCACGAGCGCCUGUCCAAGAUGCUGAGCCUCCCCGAAGAGCUGGCUCGCAUGUACAGGGACGACAUCACCAUCAUCAUUGUGCAGUUCAAUCCGCACGUCAUCGGUGCACAGUAGCCAUGGCAACAGGAGGCACAUCACAGCAUUUUUUUUCCCCCUCAAAAAAACCAAAGAUGGAAUGAAACAUGAAUCUCAGCUGUUAUUUCCACAAUAUCUGAAUUCCUAACCUUUCCCAAAAUAUUUUAAUGUGAAAAUAACACUAGUCCUUGAGUUUGUGGGUUAUGCAACAUUAAAAUGAGUAAUGAAGAGUAAUAUGAUCUACCGCGCUCCCUGUUCUGCAGUUGGAGAGUUGUAAAUGAACUACAGAACAAUACAUUAGUUUAAAUGUAGAAGGCUUUUGAAAUUUUUAGCCUCAUGAAAUACAUUAUCACAUUAAACAAGAGCUUAAGCUCUUAUUUUGUCACACCAGAAUUUAUACUGUAUGGGGUUAUUUGGUUUUUCUGCACUUUUUAAAUGUGUGCAAAGCUCUUGGAAGCGUUUUCGCUUAACAUUUAUUGAAAAAGUUUGGACACAUUGACGUUGCUGUGGAAAAUGAAAAUCGCGUUUGUCAUCUUGGCACGUAAGCACACUUUUCCAGCAGAUAGCCUCUGUGCUGUUUGAUUGUCUCGAAUGCCUGCCACCUCGCUGCUGAAAUGUGCCAAACAGGUGUAUUCUGAAUUUUUCUGAGGCUGGUGUUCUGUUUCUUUACCUGUGUGCAAAAGUGUGCCUUUGCACUCGCAGCAAGGCUGUAAAAACGUUGUCAAGGGUUUGUACUGCUCACUCCUCUGGGGCAAACUGGCAUCGUUGAAGUGUGUGGAGUUGCUUGUUGGGCAGUUAGUGAGGUCCAGGUGGGUGUGUCCUUUCAGGGUCUGGUCUACAGUGAUGGCGUAACGCUUCAUUUGACAUUGCACGUGGUUAUGGGGAACGGUAUGGAGAAGGAUUUCUCAUUGAUUGUCUUGUCUCCUGUAUGUUUUGCGAUUUCCUGUGCUUGUCCGGAAUUGAGCAUCACUGUCCUUUCUGAGGUUGGCAAACAUGCUCAAACUGUACAGUCCUCCCCCGGCUGCGUUCUGCACUUCCAGAAAAAAAAAAAUUUUAGGAAAUGUUGCUGUGUGACUUUGAACAGUUUUUCACUAGCACGAGCGUUGUGUGCGGUCGUGUCGUCGAUAGAGGAACGUCCAUUUCUAGCCCCAGCCUCCAAGGAUGCCUGGUGGUACUGGGGUCACAGGUGGGUUCUUACAGUCCUGGUGAAGUUACACUAACUCCUGUACACCACUCAGCUGGCUUGGCUAUUUUUGCUGGAUUCAUCCUUCAGUAACAUGUCCAGCAUCGUCCUUCUCAUUCUCAGUGCAUUUCAGAAAAGGAUACACCCAUGAGGAGGGUAAAAAUUUGUAUGGAUGCAGUAUUUACAAUGUUCCUAAAAUGCACUCAAAGGUGUCAAUUGUGUAUAUAUAUCUGUCUGCUUCUUUUUUGUAUGUAUUGCUCCUUUUGCUUUGUCUUACUGUUUUUGUUUUUUCUUCUCCUUGUUUAAAAUUUACAUCUGAAUGCUGCCAGCACAUGUAAGGGAUGCAACAUGAUUUAAAAUUUAUAUAUUUAUACAAACAAAAACUCAUAUCGAGGAAACCAGAGAAAAGCAGUGUAAAAAUGUGUAUCUUUGUUUGAGUAACUUCUCCCCCCAUCAAAGGACAGUUAUUCCCGUGUUUUAAUAGCUAUACUUGUUCUCAGUGACAUGGGCAACAGGCUGUCCUAGAAGGAUUGCAGUUUAGUGGUUUGAAUGAAACUCUUUGCUGUGUGGUAUCAGCUUUAAAAGUGAUCUACAUGGUUUUUGUGUAGUGAAUUUCGACACUGGCGAGAACGAUAACGUGGGUGCUGAGGAUGUUGAGGGAUAUGCUGUGCAGUCAGUUGGCCUUUUUGUUGAGCAUUGGCCUUUGCAGUGUGGGAUGUUUUGGUAUUUGGGUUUUUGUUGGGUAUUAAAAUUAAAACUUGCUUUUUUUUUUUUUCUUGGAUUAAACAGUUCCAUCAUUGUCAUCACCCAUUAACGUCAGAUGAUUUUGCAGAAGACAACCUCUGCCGUUGUUGUCCAGAUUUUCCUGAUUGUCUGUAGCUCUGUGAACAUCGAUAAUGAUGAUAACGGUUUAAAGGAGAGAAUGCUUGCUAACUACUUGAAAGUCAUUUAUUCAGCUUUUAUACGAGGCUCUAACUGCACAAGUGUUGACACCGUGUAAGGUAUACAUUUAAAGCAAACAUUUUGAAUGUGCAGAUUGCUUUAAUAAAAUGUAUUUAACGGUC